AUGAGCGAUCACUCGUCUGUUGAUGAUAGAGUCUGGUUUGUUUACACUUCUGGAAUCACCAAAGUUCCGCAACACGUUUCCCAUGUUCGAAUUGAUCCAACCACGGUCCAUCAGAUUCCAGACGGCGCCUUUGCGUUUUGUCAACGAUUGAUCGAGGUUGAAGUCUUGAAUAAUGAUGCUGCACUCCAAGUCUGCAAAGUCAUUGGUCGACGGGCCUUUCAUCAGUGCCUCCAACUGGAGGACAUGUACCUGCCAUCCUCGACCCAAGAAAUUGGAGACCGGGCCUUUGAAGAAUGCAAAAUGUUGCAGAUAUGUGAUUUGCCCAAAGGCUUAAAGUGGAUUGGAAAACGAGCCUUUCGACGAUGCGAGUCCCUCGUGGAGGUCAUCAUACCACCCUUGAUGACGGACAUUUCCAGUUUUUCGUUUCAAUCCUGCAUUCGACUGCUGUAUCUGAACUUGCCCACUGGCCUCAAAGUGAUUCGAAACUAUGCCUUUCAUGGAUGUAUCCUUUUGGAGGAAUUGAAACUUCCCAACACGGUGGAGGAAAUUGGGGAGUCGGCCUUUGAACUCUGCAAAUCCAUAUCACGGAUCAAGAUUCCCAUGUCCACCAAACGGAUUGGAGAUUCGGCCUUUUCCCAAUGUAGGAGUCUCAAGACAGUGGACAUGCCACCGAAAAGCAACUAUCAUAAUAUUAAUACCGGCUUGUGUUUGUCGAUGAGAAAAACUUUUGCCGGUUGCACCGACUUGAGAAACAUUUUCCUUCCGCCAUCGCUGGACGUGGCACGACAUUCGAAACAAAAGGUCGCUUAUUUUGAUACCGAGGGGGACGAAUCGGAAUGGAUCACAACAACUCAAAAGCUCGCUUCCACAACUCGCUUCAAGGAUUGUUAUUUGUUAGACAAAGCACUGACAUCCUUCAGAUCGCUUGACGACGCGAGGAGAGUGGAUGGUAUGCUGGAACUGCGGUUUGGAAAAGAACCGCAAGACGGGAAAUAUGACAACUACAAAUUGCACCGGUUCUGCUAUUAUCAAUCACACUAUUCCACAACGGAAUCGAUCCAGUGGAUCGAGGAAAUGGUGCACGCGGCCCGACAACGUUGUGCUGGGAAUCAUUAUCGAGAUCGGUAUCAUACCGCCAGCAAUACGGAAAUGAUGAGCUAUCUUUUGCGUCGGGACUCACUCGGAAUGACACCAAUACAUAUUUUAGUCAUGUCCUCGGCCCCGAGAAUUGAGCUAUUGCAGACGAUUGUGAAUUUGGUGCCACAAAGCGCUAGCAUAUUGAUCGAUCAAAAGGAUAUUUGGGGCAUGACUCCUUUGGAUUGUGUCAAAUUCCCAAAUGAAUUGUUUGAAUUCACCUUGGGCGUGCUGAGACUGGCCAUUGGUCGUCGGGUGGACUUUUUGGUACCCGAGAUGCAGCGAGAAGUUUUGUCUAGUCUCCUCCAUAGACUAGACCCGGAACGACCCGUCCAACGACGUCGCCAAAUUAUUGGACUCCUUCAAAAGCUGGCACAGUUCGAACGGGGAGAAGCGGUCUGUAUUGUGGAACAAGCACUCUGGAAACAGAAAUGCCGCGAGACUGAUGUUUUAUUGCAAGACGACGACGAAGAAGAAGACUACGUCAACACUGCGUCUGAUCGUACGAGGUCAGAUCCUUCUGGGGAAAUACUUAGCCUUCGCGAACUCUGUCGGCUCAAUUGUGGUGCAGACAUUGUCAUUGUGAAUGUUCUGACAUUUCUUGGGAAGGUUUGA